AUGAUUAUGAUGAUUCAAGAUGAACCGGCGUUGCUCCAGCCAGAGCUGCCCGAGCUGGGCCAACCGGAGCUCGAGCCACCGCUGCUCCAACCACCGGAGCCGCCGCCGCUGCUGGGCCAGCCACCGGACGGUUUUUGCCAGCCACCGCCACUGCUUCCACCACUGCUCGGCCAGAUGGUGAUGCUGCUGCCGGCGCCGGAGUUCCAGCCGCCCGAGGACGAGGGCUUCUGCCAACCACCGGACGAUGGCCAGACGGACAAGGCACCGACACCGCUACCACCGCCGGAGCUCCAUCCACCGCUGCUGGGCUUCUUCCAGCCACCGGAGGACGACGACGGCCAACCUCCGGAGCUACCGAGACUGCUGCUGGACCAGCUCGAGGCCGACGGCCAGCCACCGCCACUGGAGCCGCCCGACGACCAGCCGGAGGAAGGCUUCCAUCCACCACCGCCACUGGACCAUCCGGACGAUGGUUUCCAGCCUCCACCGCCGCCGCCGCUAGACCAUCCGGAGGACGAUUUCCAUCCGCGACUGCUACCGCCGGACUUCCAACCUCCACCGCCUCCACCACCGGUCACGUGGAUCACCUUGAUGAUUUUUUUACCUCCCCCCGAGCUCCAUGGAUUCCAACCUGAGAUACAUAACCGUAUUAAGCAAAAAGCAUGCGGCAAUGGAAAAGGAUGA